AGUGGCGACGAACGUGUUAAAAUGUGGAGCGUUUAUUUACUAUUUGCGAUUUUUCCAAUUUUGUUUUUAAUUAGACAAUUAUGUUUAAAUCUAUAUAAAGAACAUAAAAAUGUCUGUAUUAUUGUUCUUGGAGAUUUGGGUAGGAGUCCUAGAAUGCAAUACCAUGCGAUGUCAUUUGCAAAAGAAGGUUACACAGUAGAUUUUAUAGGUUAUCCUGGUUCAUUACCUUUAAAAGAAAUAAGAGAGAAUUCUUCUAUACAUAUUUAUUACCUUCAUCCUCCCCCAAAUAUAGAAGAUAGAUUGUCUCGUUUACCUUAUUAUGUAAUAAAAACGAUAUGGCAAACAUCUAACCUUAUAUGGAUAUUACUCUCUAAACAUAUAUCAAAUUAUAUAUUAAUACAAAAUCCACCUGCAAUACCAACGAUUCUAGUUUGUUGGUUUUAUUCCAUAGUUGUUGAUACAAAAUUUAUUAUUGAUUGGCAUAAUUAUGCACAUACUCUUAUGGCAUUAACACUAAAAGAUGACCACUUACUUGUAAAAUUUGCAAAAACAAUUGAAACACAUUUUGGUUCUAAGGCACAUUAUAAUUUUUGUGUGUCUCAAGCAAUGAAGGAAGAUUUACAAUUGAAAUGGGGCAUCAAAGCUGAGGUAUUAUAUGAUCGACCAUCAAAUGAAUUUCAGCCUAUAUCAUUAACAGAAAAACAUACAUUUUUAUUAAAAUUAAGUGAAAAAUAUAAUGUAUUAAAAGGUUCUGAAGAGAACUCAACUGUAUUUACGAAAUAUAUAGAAAAUGAAGCGCAAUUAUACUCUAAAAGGCCUGGUUUUAUUAUAUCAAGUACAAGUUGGACAGAAGAUGAAGAUUUUUCAAUAUUGUUAAAUGCAUUACAGGAAUAUGAAAAUGCAUUUGAACAAGAUACUUGUAAACUACCAGAUUUAAUUUGUAUGAUAACUGGUAAAGGUCCUUUGAAAGAAUUUUAUACGGCUAUUAUAAAACUAAAGAAUUGGAAACAUGUCACAGUCAUGACACCAUGGCUUGAAAGUGAAGACUAUCCUAAAAUGUUAGCUAGUGCGGAUUUAGGCAUUUGUCUCCACAUAUCAUCUAGUGGAUUGGACUUACCUAUGAAAAUUAUUGAUAUGUUUGGUUGUGAGCUUCCAGUUUGUGCAUAUAACUUUAAAUGUUUAUCAGAACUUGUUAAACACAAGGAAAAUGGUAUGAUUUUUUCGAAUGACAAAGAACUAGCAGAACAACUGAAAUCAUGGUUUGAAGAUUUUCCUAAUAACGAUAUUCAACACCAAUUGGAUACAAAAUUUCGAGAGGAGUUACAUAAAUUUCAAAAAAAUCGGUGGCAUGGUAACUGGUCUUCUAUUGCCUUACCUUAUUUUAAUCAAUAAUUUAUGACUGUAACUUCGUUAAUGCAUAUAUUUUUUUUUAUUAUAGCUUUUAUAAUAUAUAUUUCGUUCAUUUA